AGAUCCUCGGGUAAACCAAGCUCGUGAAAAAUUGCCCUACUAAACUUUUGGUGGGAGGGAUCACUGCAAUGAUCAGAACAUGACUGUCUCUAGCUUGCUUUGCGAAAAUCUUCCUUUCAUCGUCAAGAAAACAAAUUGCUAGCAAACGACCACAUCUAGCAUGGACGUCUAGCCACUCUUUAUCUCCUGCGCAUAUACGAAACUCUACCCAUCAUCGCCUUUGACUGCAACCCUACACUCGCUGACUACCCCCACCACGAAAAAGACGAAAACAAGUACAGAGAGAGGAAUAAGGGAAUAGAAGCAUUAUGGCGACCAACUCAAUUAAGUUGCUCACAGGCAACAGCCACCCUCAGCUUGCGAAGCAGGUUGCUGAUCGGUAUGUUGUGUUCUCUGCAGGUUGGAGUUGGGGCUUGGGUUGAAAGGAAAGGAAAGAGACUAAUCCUUGGCCAUAGACUCGGAAUCAAUCUUGCGAAGACGAUGAGCUUGAACUACUCGAAUCAGGAAACCAGCGUUACAGUCGGAGAAAGUGUGCGAGAUGAAGAUGGUAGAAUGCACCAUAAAUCCCCAAGCGCAAUAGUGUACAAACAAGACUAAUAUAUCUCACAUCCAGUAUUCAUCCUCCAAUCCACCGCCCCAGGAGAUAUCAACGAUGGUCUCAUGGAGCUCCUCAUUAUGAUCAACGCCUGCAAGACUGCCUCCGCUCGUCGCAUUACCGCCGUCAUUCCCAAUUUUCCUUAUGCACGACAAGACAAGAAGGAUAAGUCAAGAGCACCGAUCAGCGCGAAGCUUAUUGCGAAUAUGCUGCAGACGGCUGGUUGUAACCAUGUCAUUACGAUGGAUUUGCAUGCUAGUCAGAUCCAAGGGUUCUUCAACGUACCUGUGGACAACCUGUAUGCGGAACCUAGUACGCUGAGAUGGAUCCGGGAGAAUCUGAAUGUGAGAGAUUGUGUGGUAGUAUCUCCAGAUGCUGGUGGUGCUAAGAGGUAUGUCAUUUUCCUCUUAAACUUACCACUUCUUUCCAAAGCAGGGAGUCAAGAAAAAGAGAGAAGCAGUUUCUAACACCAUAACAGAGCAACAUCCAUAGCAGACCGUCUCGACCUAGGCUUCGCCCUAAUCCACAAAGAGCGCGCGCGCCCCAACGAAGUCUCCCGCAUGGUCCUAGUCGGCGAUGUCGAGGACAAAAUCGCCAUUCUUGUCGACGACAUGGCAGACACCUGCGGAACCCUCGCCAAAGCCGCGGAAACAGUAAUGAUGCACAAAGCCCGUGAGGUCGUCGCAAUCGUCACGCAUGGCAUUCUGUCCGGAAACGCGAUCGAGACGAUCAAUAAGAGUAUGCUCAGCCGAGUCGUCGUCACGAAUACCGUCCCGCUCGGUGAUAAGAUUGAGCGAUGUGAUAAGUUGCGUGUUAUGGAUAUUAGUCCCACGCUUGGGGAGGCGAUCAGACGUACGCAUAAUGGGGAGAGUGUGAGCUUUUUAUUUACGCAUGCGCCUAGUGAUUAACUUUCCUGCGGUAUUUUUGAGGACUUGGUGAUUUUGGGCUGGUGGGGAUUCUUGCACGGUAUGGGAUGCUUGAGAGUGUGGUGGUGUGGGGGGACGAGGGUAGGAUACUCGUAUCGUACAUAAAUGAUUCUGGUGUUUGGAGUAUAAUCUGGUUUGUUUUUUUAUUGUUUGUGUCUCUUUCCUUUCUUUCUUGAAAGAAAGGCCAUCUGGGUAUCCCACAUUGAGGCAGUAUGAAGUUUCUUCUCUUUUUCUUGACGAAUGGGUGCAGGAAAAAGAGAGCCUUUCAUGGUUCUCUCCUCUUAUCAAUGGAUGGGAAUUGUUAGAUCAAUAGGGUGGAAAAAAGUUUCUUUUUUAUUUACUGUUGUAGCAUGGAGUUCUUAGACUUUUUAGCAGUACCGCACAGUACAGUACAGUACAGUAACAGAGUAUUUUACAAUGGAGAUAUGAAGAAACUACCUA